UCAUAGCCGCAUAGGUUAAGAGGACCAUAGACAUGGUUAUUAAAGAAAUGGUUGUCAUAUCUUGGAAUCGAACUCAGGAUGCAUGACAUGUUACUUUGUUCUUGAGAAUGCCCUGGUUUUUAGUGCCUACAACUUCAAAUGAAGUAGUGCAACCAAAAACUUAAUUUUCCAUUAUUUGGCAAUAUUUUAGGUUAAAAUAAUUACUUACAUAUUUUAUACAGGGUCGUGACGGAUUUGUCAUGGGGGAAGGAGCUGGGGUUUUACUCCUGGAAGAGCUCGAGCAUGCCAAGCGAAGAGGUGCAAAUAUAUAUGCUGAAUUCCUGGGUGGAAGCUUCACUUGCGAUGCUUAUCACAUGACAGAGCCUCAUCCCGAAGGCACUGGUGUUAUCCUAUGUAUAGAGAAGGCCUUAGCUCAGUCCGGGGUAUCUAGGGAAGAUGUGAACUAUAUAAAUGCACAGGCAACAUCGACACCAGCUGGGGAUCUCAAGGAGUACCAAGCACUUGUAGUUACGAGUGAACUCAACAAAAUCUAUGAUUGGUCACCUUCUAGGAGCAGCUGGUGGUGUGGAGGCUGUAGCAACUGUUCAGGUUGAGGGUGAGAUGGAUAAGCUUGCAAUGGAAGAAGC